GAUUUUCUAGAUCCGCCGCUGCAUCUUCGUACUUGAAAAUUGAAACCCGUGUCCGUGUGACCAACCCACUUUCCACUUCAUACCCCCACCCCCACAGCCACAGGCGUAACUAAAACCAUCAAUCAGUUCUAAAUUUGAUCAAGAUUUCCACUUAUAUAAUCAUAAUCAUGCUCAUGAAUCCAAUCCGGGUUCUGUCACGGUGUUCGAUAAAUUGCCCCAGUGAAGAGUUUUGCUUAUUUUCUAUAAAUAAAUGUUGGUUUUGUUAAGGAGAUUGCAUAUUUGCAUCGUGUGUCUUGAUUGUUUUAGUUGGAAAAUAUGGAGACUUUGGAGUUAGUUCAGAAAGUUGUGGUUCUUUUGAUUUGUUUGUCUUUGUCAUGGAGGAUCAUUAGAUAUAUAUGGAGCUUUGCGGAUGUUGAAAAAGACCCGCUUAUUGUGCUUGUUACUGGGGCUGCAGGCCAAAUCGGCUACGCUCUAGUUCCAAUGAUCGCAGAAGGGGCAAUGUUGGGUCCAAAUCAACCGGUAAUUCUACAUUUGCUUGAUAUUGAGCCUGCUUCCGAAAUCUUGAAAGGGGUAAAAAUGGAACUUAUGGAUGGAGCAUUUCCUCUUCUUAAAGAUGUUAUUGCCACAACCGAUGUUACUGAAGCCUGUCGAGGCGUUGAUAUCGCAAUCAUGCUCGGUGGAUUCCCUCGUAGGAAAGGGGAUGGCAAAGAUCUUAUAUUUAAGAACGUAGGUAUAUACAAGGCUCAAGCCUCGGCUUUGGACCAGUAUGCUGAUCCAAAUUGCAAGGUACUUGUGGUUGCUAAUCCCGCAAAUACAAAUGCACUUAUCUUGAAAGAAUAUGCACCUUCGAUCCCGGAAGAGAACAUCACAUCCCUCACAAGACUAGAUCAUAACCGUGCAUUAAGCCAGAUAUCGGAGAAUCUUAAAGUCCAUGUUGGUGAUGUAAGAAAUGCUAUAAUAUGGGGAAAUCACUCGUCGAAUCUAUAUCCAGAUGCUAAUCACGCUACUGUUGACAUUGGGGCUGGACAUAAACCUGUGAAAGAACUUAUUGCUGAUGAUCAAUGGUUGAAAACUGAGUUCAUCACAAAUGUGGAACAAAGAGGUCAAGCUAUAAUUAACGCUAGAAGGUUGUCUAGUGCAUUUUCUACUGCAAGCGCUGCAUGUGAUCAUAUGCGCGACUGGAUUCUUGGUAUACCAAAGGGAACAUGGGUGUCUAUGGGAGUUUAUUCUGACGGGUCAUAUGGUAUUCAACCGGGCUUGAUUUAUUCUUUUCCUGUCACUUGCAAGAAAGGCGAAUGGUCAAUAGUUCAAGGGCUAAAGAUUGAUGAGUUUUCAAGAGAGAAGAUGGAUGCUGUAGAAAGAGAGCUCAUUGAGGAGAAAACAAUGGCCUACUCUUGCCUCCAUUGACUUUCCUAUAUAUAAAAGCUUGGGACUAUUAAUUAAUGUUAAUAUUAACCAUUAGUAAAUUGAUUUCCAUUAUUGCAAUUGUGAAUUUAUUGUUUUGUUCUCUAAA